AAUUUCACGCAUUGAGUUUGGCAAGUCUCGCUCACAGGCUGAAUACGGCGAUACUUGAUCUGACGCAAUCCUGAAAUUUUCUAGUCAUUCGCCCGUUUUCCCUUCAUUUAACCUUCAACUUCUUUUUUGCCCCCUUAGACUUCAUUUACCUCUCUUUUACGUAGCAAGAUAGAAUUUCAGGAUUCUUCUCGGUAAUAUCUAAUCUAAACUACCUACUUUGCAUACGCUAUCUAUUCACCGUAUCAAUCUCGUCGCCAUGGCUACCACGAACGGCACCAAUGAUACCAUACCGCAUAACCCGCCACAUGCGGCGACAGUCAUAUCGGCAACAGAAUUGAUUGGAAACACUCCGCUAGUCCGUCUAAACAAGAUCCCACAAUCUUUCGGUGUCGAGGCGGAGGUGUAUGCCAAAGUCGAACUUUUCAACGCUGGCGGUUCCGUCAAAGACCGCAUUGCCUUACGAAUGAUCGAAGAGGCCGAGCGAAGCGGACGGAUUAAGCCUGGUGAUACCUUGAUCGAACCAACGAGCGGGAACACAGGUAUCGGCUUAGCACUGGUUGGUGCUAUCAAGGGCUACAAGACAAUUAUCACCUUGCCCGAGAAGAUGUCUGCCGAGAAGGUGUCGGUGUUGAAGGCGCUAGGCGCUACUAUCAUCCGUACCCCCACGCAAGCAGCAUGGGAUAGUCCCGAGAGUCAUAUCGGCGUGGCAAGGAAGCUCGUUAAAGAGAUCCCGAACGCACAUAUCUUAGACCAGUAUUCCAACGAGAAUAAUCCGCGAGCCCAUGAAUUUGGCACGGCUGAAGAGGUUUGGGAACAGACCGGUGGCAAAAUUACUUGCAUUGUGGCAGGCGCCGGAACGGGUGGCACCAUCUCGGGCUUGGCAAAGGGAUUGAGGAAACACAACAAAAAUAUCAAAGUAGUGGCCGCCGACCCUCAAGGGAGCAUCUUGGCUUUACCUGAGUCUCUCAAUGACGAGCACCGAGAUGAGUCUUACAAAGUGGAGGGAAUUGGGUAUGAUUUUAUACCUGAUGUACUUGAUCGGGAUCUCGUCGAUAAGUGGUACAAGACAGACGACGUGGAGUCUUUCAAGCUUGCGCGACGAUUGAUUUCCGAGGAAGGCCUGCUUGUUGGUGGAAGUUCCGGAAGUGCCUUGAGUGCUACUUUCAAAGCAGUCAAGGAUUUAGGGCUUGGUAAGAACGAUGUUGUUGUCGUUAUCUUGCCAGAUAGCAUCCGAAGUUAUCUAACCAAGUUUGCCGAUGAUGAUUGGCUGGCGGCGAACGAUCUACUGCCGACUACUGACGCCGCGGCGAAGGAAGCGGCGGCAAAUGGUAAAAAGUCGGAAGACCCCUACGCCGGCGCAACUGUUCGUUCGUUAAGACUGAAGCCGGUCAUUUCUGUCAUCGCCACCAGUCCUUGCUCCGAAGCGAUUGAGACCAUGCGUGAUAAGGGUUUUGACCAACUUCCGGUUCUCGCUAGCGCAGGAGGUAAGUUGGUAGGACUCGUCACUCUCGGUAAUCUUCUCAGCUAUGUUUCACGCGGCCGGGCUAGUGGGAAUAGCCCGGUUAAGGAUGUCAUGUUUGACUUCAGCAAGAUUGACGAAGUGGUCACCGACCCUCGAGAAGGAAAGGGAAGCAAAGGUCGCAAGUUCGUCGAGAUCACACUGGACACGCCAAUCGCGGAACUGAGCAAGUUCUUUGAGUGGAACAGCGCCGCGGUCGUUACCGAGCCUAGUCGUGUCAAAGCCAAGGCGCUCAGCAAGCCUAUCGCCGUGGUCACUAAGGUUGACUUAUUGACGUGGAUGGUGAAGCAGGUCAAGGCUUAAAGACCUUGCUAUGGAAAUGAAGGAUUGGCAUUUGACUAUCAUGAGUUAGAAAUAGGUCAUUAGCACGGCGUUUUGGUAGAAAUUGCAAUUACAACUUCAGCGAGGAUCGAUCAACUGGUUAAUUCGGGUAUCAGAUUAUAAACAGCGGACUCAACGUCUUCAAUGGGUUAGAAGGAAUCGACUACACAAAGGUUUCCCAUAGACAUUUAUCUAGAAUGAAUAAUGACAACAGUCUAAUCAUGUUUCAACCCAA